CAUGCUGUGAGAGGAGGGGGAGGAGCCUGCCGCCCCGCAGCCUGCCCACCUUGUGUGGAUCAAGUGGGAACCGAGUCCGUGUGGAGAACGUACGCUCGAGGACCGGAGGGAAACUUUUUAAAAAACUUUUAAUACCCAUGACUUUUCACAGGAACUCUACAGAGAGGAGUUCAGGAAUCUUGCCAUGUUUAAGGCAGUGCUGAAGAAGAACAGAGAUGGAGGCAAGGGUAGCAAGAAGGAUUCAGGUGAUGCUCACAGUCACGGCGCCCAAAGAAGAUUCCCAUUCGAAGGAAGCCUCCAACCCCAGGGACCCGGCAGCAGUCACCCGAAUGUGCAGGAUGACAUUUUCAGGCUAAGUCUUACCAAGGGAGUGUCCAUGUCUCUCCCCUCAUCACCUCUGCUGCCACGACAGUCCUACCUGAUGCCCCUACGCCCCAGCAAGAGAUCACCAGGUCCAAGCAGGAAACCCAAAUAUGUGGAGAGUCCUCGCGUUCCUUCCGAUGCCAUCGUGUCCGCACUGAGGAAGGUGGCUGACAACAAGGAGUCUUCACACAAUGAGCUGCAGGCAGAGAAACAGCCAGGCUCCUCCUCCCCUGCCACCCAGGAACUGAUGACAAGGCUGGGAUUUUUACUGGGAGAAGGGAUCCCGGGUACUGCACGCAUACCUAUGGACGACAAGAAUGAAAAGAAGUGCUUAGUAACUAGCCAGGGCAUAAGCCCCUGCUCCACACUGACCAGCAGCACGACGUCUCCCAGCACCGACAGCCCAUGUUCCACGCUCAACAACACAACCGGCCGACCCCCCCUCAGCCGCUCCAGCCCCUGUGGGACCAUCACCAGCCCCAGCUCCACACUUGAGAGCAAGGACAGUGGGAUCAUAGCCACCAUCACUAGCUCCUCAGAGAACGAUGACCGCAGUGGCUCCAGCCUGGAGUGGAGUAAGGAUGGCAGCUUGAGAGGCAGCACACGCCAUGGCCUGGCACAGAGCGUGCGGGCUGACACCUGCUCCCCUGUGGCCGAAGAAGACUCCAACAGUGCCACAGCGACAACAGCCGACACCCCGUCUAGGACAGACCAUCAGCAACAUCAGCCGAACAUAUCAGCAGGGGCGUCAGGGCCACCACUGCCUCACUUGCCUGAGGGACCCAUUCCUUACCCACCACAUACAUGUUCUUCCCUUAUGAUGCCGAGGCCGAACUCUGUAGCAGCGACCAGUUCCACAAAGCUGGAAGACCUGAGCUUCCUCGAUGAACAGCGCAACACCCCCCUGCGGACAUCCAUUCGCCUGCCCUGGCACAAUACAGGAGGAAGGCCAACUCAGGACUCUAAAGCUCGUUUCGCUCCCUACAAACCCGUGGACAUCAUGCUCAAGCCCCUGCUGUUCGAGGUGCCCAGCAUCACCACGGACUCCGUGUUCGUGGGCAGAGACUGGCUCUUUCAGCAGCUGGAAGACGUCCUGAAGGCCGGCGAGUCCGCCGAGAACCAUGGCGCUGUGGUGCUGGGCAGCGUGGGCUACGGGAAGACGGCCAUCAUCUCCCGGCUAGUAGCGCUGAGCUGCCACGGAGGCCGCAUGCGUCAGAUCGCCUCCAACAGUCCCAGUGCCUCGCCGAAAAGUGGUGGGGGACCUAGCGCAGAACUUCCUCUCAGCCAGCCCCCACAGCCCACUCCACCUUCCAGUGCUACCAACACGCUGAGGACCAACAGUUGCCCGGGAACUCCCGAGAUGCAGCAACGCAGGGAGGCGGCCGUCAAACGUCUGGCUGCAAAGGUGGUGGCGUAUCACUACUGCCAGGCGGACAACACAUACACCUGCUUGGUGCCAGAGUUUGUUCACAGUAUUGCAGCCCUGCUGUGCAGAGCUCACCAGCUCGGUGCUUACCGGGAGCUGCUGCUGAAAGAGCCCAACCUGCAGAGCAUGCUCAGCCUGCGCUCCUGUGUCCAGGACCCGAUGGCCGCUUUCCGGAGGGGCGUCCUGGAGCCGCUGGCCAACCUUCGUAAAGAGCGCAAGAUUUCCGAGGACGACCACAUCAUCUUGAUAGACGGGCUGAACGAGGCAGAGUUUCACAAGCCUGACUACGGGGACACCAUAGCCUCCUUCAUCACCAAGAUAAUCACCAAGUUCCCUUCGUGGCUCAAACUCGUGGUCACCGUCCGUGUGAAUUUACUGGAGAUCACCAGCCUCCUGCCUUUCUCCAAGAUCUCCUUGGAUGAGUUUUCUGACAACAAAGAGAUAAGCAACGACCUCAAUGCAUAUAUUCAGUACCGCAUCAACGGCAGCAAGGAAAUCAUGAAUAAUAUCAGCCUGAACGGCAAGGCCGACCCCGUCACAGUCGGCAAGCUCAGCAGCCACCUGAUAUCCCGCAGCCAGGGCUCCUACCUGUAUCUCAAACUCACCCUGGACCUGUUCGAGCGAGGCCACCUGGUGAUAAAGAGUGCCAGCUACAAAGUUGUGCCCGUCUCGCUGGCGGAGCUCUACCAGUUACAGUGCAACAUGAAGUUCAUGACCAACUCUGCCUUCGAGCGCUCGCUGCCCAUCCUCAACGUGGCGCUCGCCUCGCUGCACCCCAUGACGGACGAGCAGCUGUUCCAGGCCAUCAACGCCCCCUUUGUGCGAGGCGAGCUGCAGUGGGAGGACUUCCAGCAACGCAUGGAGUUGCUCUCGUGCUUCCUCAUCAAGCGGCGGGACAAGACGCGCAUGUUUUGCCACCCCUCCUUCAGAGAGUGGCUGGUGUGGAGAGCCGACGGAGAGAGCACGGACUUCCUCGGCGACCCCAGGACUGGCCAUGCUCUUAUGGCCUUCAUGUUGUCUCGCCAAGAGGGGAAGCUGAAUCGUCAGCAAACCAUGGAGCUGGGACAUCACAUCCUCAAAGCACACAUCUUCAAGGGCCUGAGUAAGAAAACAGGUGUGUCAUCCAGUGUGCUGCAGGCUCUGUGGAUCAGCUGCAGCGCCGAUGGCCUUUCUGCAGCUUUGGCCUCCCUGAGGAACCUCUACACACCCAACGUCAAGGUGAGCCGCCUGCUGAUGCUGGGCGGGGCGAACGUGAAUUACCGCACCGAGGUCCUGAACAACGCGCCGGUGCUUUGCGUCCAGUGCCACCUCGGACACCAGGAGAUUGCAUCUCUGCUGCUGGAGUUUGGUGCCAGUGUGGACGUGGUGUCCGAGAACGGCAUGAGCCCCCUCUGCUUCUCAGCUGCUGCGGGACACCUGGGAAUAGUCGUGUUGCUCUGCAAGAGGGGAGCCAAGGUCGAUCAUGUGGAUAAGAGUGGCCAGUGCGCGCUGGUCCACGCUGCUCUCCGCGGACACCCAGAGAUUAUCCAGUACCUGCUGGAGCUGGAGUGGAGCGCCGAGGGACAGCAGCAGGACUGCGCUCUGAAGAACAAAGCUCUGCAGCAGGCUUUGAUAGCCGCCUCCAGCAUGGGACACACACAGGUUGUGAGCGGCUUACUGGCUUUGAGUAAUGAGCACGCUGUGCAAAUUGAUAGCCACGACACUCUGUGGGGAGAGACAGCCCUGACAGCGGCUGCAGGCCGGGGGAAGAUGGACGUGUGCAGCUUCCUGUUGGAGCAAGGGGCAGUGGUGCAGCAGGUCAACCGACGGGGGGUUUCUCCUCUAUUCUGCGCCGUCAGACAGGGGCACUGGCAGAUUGCAGAGCUGCUGCUGCAGCGUGGUGCCGACAUUAACAUCAGCGACAAGCAGGGCAGGACCCUACUAAUGGUGGCUGCCUGUGAGGGUCACCUGAGCACCGUGGAGUUUCUGCUUUCUAAAGGUGCGUCCUUGACGUCGAUGGACAAGGAGGGACUGACGCCCCUGAGCUGGGCUUGUUUGAAAGGACAAAAGAACGUUGUGCAGUUUUUGGUGGAGAAAGGCGCGGUCAUUGACCACACGGACAAGAACGGACGAACUCCGCUGGACCUCGCGGCCUUUUAUGGAGAUGCAGAAAUUGUCCAGUACUUGGUGGAACGAGGAGCGGUGAUUGAGCAUGUGGACUACAGCGGGAUGAGGCCUCUGGACCGGGCCAUAGGCUGUCGGAACACGUCGGUGGUGGUGACUCUGCUGAAGAAAGGGGCCAAGCUGGGGAAUGCUGCUUGGGCCAUGGCGACGUCCAAGCCUGACAUACUGAUCAUUCUUCUUCAGAAGCUGAUGGAGGAGGGAAACCUGCUGUACAAGAAAGGGAAGAUGAAAGAAGCAGCCCAGAGGUACCAGUAUGCCCUGAGGAAGUUUCCUAGAGAAGGCUUUGGCGAUGACCUGAAGGCUUUUAAAGACCUGAGGGUCUCCCUGUACCUAAAUCUCUCCCGAUGUCGCAGAAAAACCAACGAUUUCGGGAUGGCUGAAGAGUUCGCAACGAAAGCACUGGAGCUGAAACCCAAAUCCUACGAGGCCUACUACGCCCGUGCCAGAGCUAAAAGAAGCAGCAGGCAGUUUGCGGCAGCCCUGGCUGACCUGCACGAAGCAGCCAACCUGUGCCCCAACAACCGAGAAAUCCGCCGUUUGCUGGCUCGAGUGGAGGACGAGUGCAAACAGAUGCAGCGCAUGCAGACCAAAGGAGGCCUCGCGGGGGCUGCGGCUGCUUCCGGCCAGGCGCCGGGAAGCCACGAGUCCGACCAGGAGCAGGACGAAGGACAGGAGGAACCUUCGGAGCACAGUCUCGCCAUGAGUGUGGAAGGGCAAAGAGACAUCCUGGAGGAGGAGGAGGAAGAGGAGGCGGCGGCAGCAGCCACGCAGCUCACCAGGACAGCUGAAGGCCGCUGGUCACAAAACAGUUAUUCCUACAACAGAGUCUUACCCUCUGAGUCCGUCAGCAACAGUAUGGGACAUCAGAGUCCCAGCUCGCCCCCAGGCCCCGGCAGGCUUCCCCUUCACCGGUACCCUCGAGAGCACCGGGAAGCACUGGCCCAGCAGGGCCUCGUUCUGCAGCCAACCAAGCAGGCCCAGAUAGUCAAGACCAACCAGCAUAUGAGCUCCAUGCAGGCUGGGGCGGUCGGGGGCCGGUCGGGAGGACAGAGGUCUCAGUAUGCUCCUUCCAGUCCCUUACCCAGCCGACACAUGUCGAGCAUGCUGAAGCCGGCACCGGGCAUCGACAUCAGCCCUCUGCCUUCUCCGGCUGACGAACCCGUGUACGGGAACCGCAUGUCGCUGGCAGCUGCCACCGCCUCCAUGGGUCACACUUAUGAAAACGAGGGCCUCCAUUCGUCCCAGGCCUCCUAUACAUCCUGCGGCAGCAGCAGCUUCAAGGGUGCUGGGCAGGACAGGCUGUCUGCCCACUCUGUGUCCUCUCUGGAUGCGUUGGCCUGCUCGGGUCCUGGACCGCAGGGGAACCACACCGACGCGGGAAAGGAAGGGAUGUGUGGCGCGGCGGGAUCCCAGGGAGGAGGAAGCGGCAGCAGCAUGCACGUGUCCAGUUCCACCAGCAGCCUGGCAUCCAGCAGCAGUCUGUCAGACAGCGGAAAGCUGGGGCCCGACGUCCGCACCAAGACGAAGCACAGCCAACAGGCCAACUCCACGGCAGAGUACAAACCCCGACCCUUCAUGGGCAUAACCGACAAGACGGUUCGCUUUCAGCAGCAGCAGAUUCAGCUGCAGCCGCACCACGGCGUGCAGAGUCGCAGCUGGCUGAACCACUCCUCCGACGCUCUGGUUUGUCACAUGUCGGCGAUGGGCCUGCAGCCCGUCGACUGCGAGCCGCCUUACAGCAAAACAGUGAGCACUUACCAGGAGCAGCACAAACCUCCCGCGCCUCAGGGUGCUGUGGCGAUGGGCAGCUUACAAAAUGGCAUGCACGCCAAGGAAUUCACGGAGAAAUUCUACCAAGCCGCCAACUGUUACAAAGAGUCCAAGCCAGCACUGGCUAUGCCGCACACGUUCAUGGACAGUAAGCCCAAGCCGCCCGGCUUAGCCCGAGAUAAUCCUGCCAUUCACGUAGCUUCGAUGAAACCAAAGCGAUCUUUUAUAGAGUCGAAUGUGUAGAGACGUUUGUUUCAUCUCUCGUACAGUCCAUGACGCACACACAAAUACACUAGCAAAACUCUAAAAUGGGUUGUUUUAAUUCUUUUUUUCUAACCAGCCCCCAGACAGAAUAGUCUCACUUUUAAGAAAUACAGUAUGCAAGCUGUUUGUUUCCCCGUAUGUAAGCAGCUAGCAGUGUGUACUGAUCACUCCAGAUCUCUCUCCUCCCAACACGUCGCUCGUGGCCGCCAGCUUGUUCCACGACGCGUCCGCCAUCAUUCAGCCAAGCUGGAGACGUUGCACUGAAGGAAAGUAUUCGGACGUGUACUGUACAGUCCUCGCCAAGACGACGCGGUGACAGUGAGCACUUUAUAUACAGUUAGGCCGCUUAAGCAACACGUUCAGUUAAAGCGUAUCACAGGACAGUUUGAGUGAACGGAAACGAGGUUUGAACUGUGUCCAUCACGUCCAUGGUGCUGAGAGGAGCAUGGAAGAGGAAGUCCAUGGCGAAGGUCAAGAGGAUGGGAAUUCCUGUGUUCUACGAAGGAUGUUAUAGAUCCUCAUGUAUAUUAUAUAAAUAAUUACUUUUCCUUCUUUUCAGUGAAGGUCUGUGUUAAGUGUAUUGACAAGUUCAGACUUGUGUAUUUUGAGUUUUAUGCACAAUGUUGUUCAAAUGGUGUUUAAACGUUCUAAAAGAAGCUUUUGUUAAAUAUGUUUGUACAUUAUAUAAAUCUCCAUUAACAUUCAACUGAAACCCUUUUCUGUACCUGCUUGUUGUUGCCGUCUAGUUUAAUUUAUUUACAGCGCCGAUGGCUUGGUUAAUUGUAAAAGCAAUAUAUUUUAUAUAGUUAUUUUUGCACAGCUACUAAGUCAUUUUAUGAUUCUCAAUAAUGUUGAGUUCAAGUGCAUGCGACAAUUGCAGUUUAUAUUACAGAGUAUUAAAAAUCUAUAAAAACAGAAAUGGUUUUGUGGUACAGUGCCAUCACCUCUAUUUUAAUAUGUACUUUAAAUGCAAUUGUUUCCAUGUUUUCAGUAUUGUGAGCUGUAUUAGCUGUGAUCAGAUACUGUAAUAGAACAUUACUGCCAUAGCCAUCAUGGGAGAGAGAAAUAAAGACCCUCUGAGGAAAAACAA